CAACAAAAACACCACCCAGAACAAACAACGCGCGUGAGCCUCACAUCAAUGCGAAUCACCAGGAAGGGAAAAACGCACACAAUACACAAUGGUGUUGCCUGGGGGCUGCCGCGAUAGCUCUCAGACAAACCCGGUCGGGUUGCAUGACAGCUGCAGGGCCAAUGGAAACAUGCACGGAGCCAGCUGCGCGAGGCUGCAGCCAAUGGAAAAAUGUGAAACGCGGAGCUGCUGCUGGGUCCAAACGGUGUAAGGUUAGGCUGGCUGCAGCAGCCACACCGCCGCCGCCGCUGCCGCUAAACUUCCACCAAAAAAAAAAAGAAAAAAAAGAAAAAGCUGUUUGUGUUUUGGCUGCUGCAGUGGCCAUUUUAGAUGCAGUGAAGGGAUAGAAGAUGAAAAUACACAAGAAGGACAAGCAGCAGAUGUUCACUGGUGUCCUGAAGCACACACCACCUCCGGCCUCCUCUGCAGCCUCCUCCUCCUCCGCCUCGGACCAAAAGAGCAACGCACAAACCACAGUCCCUACAAUCCCACGGGGACACCUGGUCGUGGGCCCCAAGGACCAGCUCCGCCUCCUCACCCCAGUGGGCAGCACGGCGACGUCCAAUCACUGCGCGGCAGCCGGGGCCCACGCCGCUAAGCACUCGGGAGGAGCCCCUCGACCUCCUUCGUCCCUUAGCGAGGAGGAUGAUGGAGGAGGAGGAGGAGGCGGCGGCGGCAGGGUGAAGAAGAAACGGAAGAAAAAAGACAAGCGAGAAUGGGAGAAAGGUGAAGGGGAGGUGGAGGAGAGCAUCAAACCAAAGAAACGAAAGGAGGAGAAGGUGGCGACGGUGAUCACACUGAGGAAGAGCAAGGAGCCCAAGGAAGGGAAGGAGCGAAAGGAGCGUAGGACCAAGGGCAAGGAGGGCAGGAAGGAUGGAAGGACAGAGCUGAUGAAUGUGGCAGGGGGGAAAACGUCAGGGGCCACAGUGGCCCCCGGACCAGCUCAGGUACCUGUUAAGGUGCCCGGCAAAAGAGGAAGGAAACCGAAGGUCAAAGUCCUACCUCCUGUACCCACGAAUCAAGCAGCACCGGGUGGCCACACUAAGGGUCAGGCCCACAGCGCCCAGAGCCACGGCAAGAACCACAGACAGGCCAACAGCAAGACCCCGGUCCCCUCAGCGCCAAAACAGAGGGGCCGCAAACCCAGAGAUCCUGGCGCAGCGCCGGUGGAGAAGAAGAAGAAGGGAAAGAGGAGAAACCAGGAGCUGGCUGUCCAGGAGGGGGCGGAGAGUGACGACACUACCUCAAUGUCAGCCCUCAACAUGGGUGGAGAGGACAGCCAAGACCCCCUGGAUAACGCGAAGCGGCGUUCAGGACGUCAGGUCAAGAGGAGGAAGUAUAACGAGGAUUUGGACUUCAAGGUGGUAGACGAUGAUGGAGAGACGAUCGCAGUUCUUGGAGCCGGUCGCAUCUCGGCGCUCAACGCCACCGCUCUGGCAUGGCAGGCCGAGGAGCCACCUGAGGACGAGGCCAACAUCAUUGAGAAAAUUCUGUCCGUCAAAACAGUGAAGAAAGAGACUUCAUCAGGGGACCAACCGGAGGAGACAGAGGAGUUUUACGUCAAGUACAGAAAUUUUUCCUACCUACACUGCAAGUGGGCCACUCUGGAGGAGCUCGAGAAAGAUCCCAGAAUCCACCAGAAGAUUAAACGCUUCCGGACCAAACAGGCCCAGAUGAAACACCUGUUCACCGAGCCUGAUGAGGACUUGUUUAACCCAGACUACGUGGAGGCGGACAGAGUGCUGGAGGUGGCUGUUACCACAGAUACUGAGACUGGAGAGGAGGUGACCCAUUACCUCGUUAAGUGGUGCAGUCUCUCGUACGAGGAGGCGACGUGGGAGCUGCAGGAGGACUUGGACCCAGAAAAGAUCAAAGAGUUCGAGGAGAUCCAGAAACUGCCAGCAGACCUCAGACACAUAGAGCGUCCUCCUCCAGAGAAAUGGCAGAAGUUGGAGCGCUCCAGAGAUUACCGGAAUGGGAACCAGCUCAGAGAAUACCAGUUAGAGGGAAUGAACUGGUUACUGUUCAACUGGUACAACAGGAAAAACUGCAUCCUGGCGGAUGAAAUGGGUUUGGGAAAGACCAUCCAGUCCAUCACCUUCCUGUAUGAGAUCUUUAGCAUGGGGAUCCGCGGGCCCUUCCUCAUCAUCGCUCCCCUGUCCACCAUCACCAACUGGGAGAGGGAGUUUCGCACGUGGACGCACAUGAAUGUCAUCGUGUAUCACGGCUCGCAGAUCAGCCGGCAGAUGAUCCUGCAGUACGAGAUGUUUUACAGAGACCCGCAGGGUAACACCAUCCCAGGCGUGCUGAAGUUUCACGGGGUCAUCACCACCUUCGAGAUGAUCAUGGCCGACUGUCCGGAGCUGAAGAAGCUGCACUGGCGCUGCGUGGUGAUCGACGAGGCGCACCGGCUGAAAAACAGGAACUGCAAACUGCUGGAGGGACUCAAACUCAUGAACUUGGAACACAAGGUUCUGCUGACAGGAACCCCUCUGCAGAACUCAGUGGAGGAGUUGUUCAGCCUGUUGAAUUUCCUGGAGCCGCUGCAGUUUCCUUCAGAGAGCACCUUCCUCGAAGAAUUCGGAGACCUCAAAACAGAUGAGCAGGUGAAGAAGCUUCAGGCCAUUUUGAAACCCAUGAUGUUGAGAAGACUGAAGGACGAUGUAGAAAAAAACCUGGCGCCUAAAGAAGAGACCAUCAUAGAGGUGGAGCUGACCAACAUUCAGAAGAAAUAUUACCGAGCCAUCCUCGAGAAGAACUUCUCCUUCCUGUCUAAAGGAGCAAACCAGCACAACAUGCCCAACCUCAUUAACACCAUGAUGGAGCUCCGCAAGUGCUGCAACCACCCCUACCUUAUCACAGGAGCCGAGGAGAAGAUUCUGGAAAGCUUCAGGAAGGUUCACAGUCCAGACGCGCUGGACUUCCAGCUGCAGGCGAUGAUCCAGGCAGCCGGUAAACUGGUGCUGAUCGACAAGCUGCUGCCCAAACUGCUGGCCGGGGGACACAAAGUCCUGGUCUUCUCCCAGAUGGUCCGCUGUCUGGACAUCAUGGAGGACUACCUCAUACAGAGACGCUACACUUACGAACGCAUUGACGGUCGCGUGAGAGGGAACCUGCGUCAGGCGGCCAUCGACAGGUUCUGUAAGCCCGACUCGGACCGCUUCGUGUUCCUGCUGUGCACCAGAGCCGGAGGGCUGGGAAUCAACCUGACGGCUGCUGAUACCUGCAUCAUCUUCGACUCCGACUGGAACCCUCAGAACGACCUGCAGGCUCAGGCACGCUGCCACCGGAUCGGCCAGAGCAAAGCGGUGAAAGUCUACAGACUGAUCACCAGGAACUCGUACGAGAGGGAAAUGUUUGACAAAGCCAGCCUGAAGCUGGGACUGGACAAAGCCGUCCUCCAAGACAUCAACCGCAAAGGAAGCCUCAACGGGGUGCAGCAGCUUUCUAAACUAGAAGUGGAGGAUUUGUUGAAAAAAGGGGCGUACGGAGCGCUGAUGGACGAAGAGGACGAGGGCUCCAAGUUCUGCGAGGAGGACAUCGAUCAGAUACUUCAGAGACGAACUCAGACCAUCACCAUCCAGUCUGAAGGGAAAGGCUCCACAUUCGCGAAGGCCAGUUUCAUCUCGUCUGGUAACAGAACGGACAUCUCUCUGGACGACCCCAACUUCUGGCAGAAAUGGGCCAAAAUCGCCGAGGUGGAGAUCGACUCCAAGUCGGAGAAGGAGUCCUUGGUGAUCGACACGCCUCGGGUGAGGAAACAGACCCGCCACUACAACUCCUUCGAGGACGACGAGCUGAUGGAGUUCUCUGAGCUGGACAGCGACUCGGAGGAGCGGCCGUGUCGGACUCGUCGCCUGGGCGAGCGCAGCCGGCGGUACCUUCGCGCCGAGUGCUUCCGGGUGGAAAAGAACCUGCUUAUCUUCGGCUGGGGUCGGUGGAAGGACAUCCUAAACCACGGUCGCUUUAAAUGGCACCUGGCAGAGAGGGACAUGGAGGUGAUCUGUAGGGCUCUGCUGGUUUAUUGCCUGAGACACUACAAAGGUGACGACAAGAUCAAGAGCUUCAUCUGGGAUCUGAUCACACCCAACAAGGAAGGCCAGCAGGACCAGACGCUGCUCAACCACUCUGGUUUAUCGGCUCCCGUUCCUCGAGGUCGGAAGGGGAAGAAGCUGAAGAAUCAGCUGAAUGUCCCGGAGGUGAAGAACGCCGACUGGCUCGUCCACUGUAACCCUGAGGUGGUGCUGCAGGACGAGAGCUACAAGAAACACCUCAAACAACACUGCAACAAGGUGCUCCUGCGGGUGCGGAUGCUGUACUACCUAAAGGUGGAGGUGUUGGGCGACGCUGCCACUCAGUCUCUGGAGGGGAUACCUGCCAGUAAACUCGAGGUCUCGCUGCCCGACAUCGACUACAUAGAGAUUCCAGCUCCGUGGUGGGAUGCGGAUGCCGACAAGUCUCUCCUCAUAGGAGUCCACAAACACGGUUACGAACGAUACAACGCCAUGCGUGCAGAUCCAGACCUGUGUUUCCUGGAGCGAGUAGGAAUGCCUGACGUCACAGCGCUGACUGCUGAACAGGGAGGAGGGGAGGUGGCCUCCGACAUGGCUGACAGUGUGUGCAAAACUGAGGAGGUGAAGGACGACGCUGAAAGCAAAGCUGAUGGAGGGGAGGACAGAGACGAGAGCAGCAAGGGAGAGGAAACCUGCUCCAGCACGGAUACUUCAGACAAGCCUGACAGCACAGGUCCAGACUCCCACAUGUCGGGUGACUUGUGCGUCCAGGAUGCAACGUUGGUCACCACCACCACCACGACAGGAACAGGGACCGGUGUGGCGUCUCUCCACGUCAUCCAAGCCCGGCCCCUCUGGCCCACCGGCCCCGCCUUGACGGCCCGUUUAAGACGCCUCAUCACCGCCUACCAGCGCUUCACGCUGCGCCGCGAGCCGCUGCUCAGGCACGACUUCCUGCUCCACGACGGUCUCGUCAGCAUGGGGAUCGGAGGAGCCGGAGCCGCUCACAGUCAUCACGCCGGCGGGCCGCUGGCGUGGCAGCUGGGUGAAGAGCUGAGGCGGUGCUCCGUGGUCGCCACAGAACCUGACCCCUUGUUCCUGGAGUGGCAGAGAAGGUGGACUCGACGAGAACAAGCAGAUUUUUACCGCACUGUGUCGUCGUUUGGCGUGGUGUACGACCCAGAGAGGAAAUCCUUCGACUGGUCCCAGUUCAGAGCUCUGGCCCGACUGGAGAGGAAGACGGACGAGAGUUUGGAGAGAUACUUCAACUCGUUUGUUAACAUGUGCAGGACGGCCUGCAAACUGCCUCCGAGGAAGGAAGAAGGGUUGGUGGAUCCCGCUGUGCUCGUGGAGCCUCUGACAGAAGAGAGAGCAGCCCGCACUUUAUAUCGCAUCGAGCUGCUCCGAAAGAUCAGAGAGCAGGUUCUCCGUCACCCGUUGCUCUCGGCCCGCCUCCAGCUGUGCCGCCCCUCCCUCUACCUCCCGGUCUGGUGGGAGUCGGGCAAACACGACCGUGACCUCCUCAUCGGGGCGGCGCGCCACGGCUUGAGCCGCACCGACUUCUACAUCCUGAACGACCCCCAGCUGAGCUUCCUGGAGGCUCACAGGAACUACGUCAGGGGACACCCCUCUCACCUUCAUCCUCAGAGCCAUCAUCACCCUCACCACCCGGGCCUGGUCACUCAUCCCGGCAUCUCUUCUUCAUCAUCCUCGUCUCACCCGCAGCUGCCUCAUCCUCACUGCUGCCUGUAUGACUCCAGCCUCGGCCGCCACUCCCCUCAGCCUCCAGAGUAUCCCCACCAGUCCUCCCACCACCACCAUCAUCACCACCAGCACCACCCUGUGCCUCCGUCAGCUCCCUCUCCUUCCUCCUCCUCUUCCUCCUCCUCUCACCCUCACCUCCACCCUCUACCUUUGGAUGCCCACAAUUCUGCCUCACCGAGUCUGGGAAUAGUUCCCGGGUCGCGGGGGGAUUUCCUCGACUGUCCUCCUCUGGAUGAAAGCCUGGAGCUGGGCUCGCUGCAGCAUGACGCCAUGUCUGCGGAUGCCUUACACGGCGGGAAGACGUCCAAAGACGCCCUCAACGGUUUCCCAUUUAACUCGGCCGCAGGAGGUCAAAGCAUGCUCAACUCGUACGGCGUCGGCGGUUCAGACCUCGAUUCAAAGCUGAGGAGUGACGUGCUCGUUGGUGAGCAGGGCUCGUCUGAGGAAACUGGGCUGAUGGCGCCGUCGGUGGAGCUGGACCAGUUACAGGCUCCUUGGGACGGCACAGACCACUCCAGUCCGGCUCACCACAUGUUUAAUGAAUCCGAUCCAAUCCUGGGUCCCUCCACUCUGGAGACCGGCUUCCUGGAGGAGGAGGACGAGGAGGCGCAGGGGGGAGACAGAGGAGGGGAGGAAGGUGGAACUCUGGAGGAGUGUUUGGGCCUCCCACCCUCCUCCUCUCCCUCCCACCCGUCUGCAGGAGACUCUGUGGAGCCGUUGUCCUCCAGUUACAUGCUUUUCAAGGACAUUGGAGUGAGCGAGGAGCCCAGCGCGGAUCAAACCGAUCUGUCGGCGAGUCCCCCGCCUCCUUACGUCCCCCCUCCUCCACUCUCUCUGUCUGACAUCACUGCCCACGAGCCGCAGGAUAGGCUGGGCCACUCUGAUGUCGCUGACAGCCUGACCAACCCUGUGGAGGAAGGAGAAAGCCAUGAAGGAGGCGCCGGGUUCGAGUUUGAUGACAAGGAGGAAGAAGAAGUGGAAGACUUGUCAGCGGGGACCCUGGAGCAGAGCGUGGAAAAACACAGAGAUCUGGAAAGAGUAGAGAGUGUUGCGGACCAAGGUGCAGACCAAAGUUUGGGAGUCUUGAAUCCAGCCAUGGAAGUACCACAGAUGGACGGGAUCGUGCCGGAGCCCGGCAUUUCAGAACAGGGCGAACACGACCUUCAGGAGAGCUUCGACCAAGCAGAGCAGGAAGAGGAGUUACAGCAAGGCGUGCACCCGUAUCUCGGGAAGCUGGAGCAGGGGGGCAGCCUCGCGUGUCCUGAGUCUAUUGAAGAGCCCGGGGAGGAAGUGGGAGGAUUGAUUUUGUAUCAGACAGUGGAGGAAGAGACGAUUGGAAACUCUCUUGACACUGAAACACUGAUGGAUAACGCAGCUGGAGAGGAUUGCACUGAUCUGGCAGAUCAAGUGGACGAGAUCUCAGAGGGACAGAUGGAUCACGUUUCUCUAAUGGAGGUUCGGGUGGUUCAACCCAGCAAUGAGACGGCGGUGAAGCAGCUAGAUGUCAAACCCAAUGAGAUGGUGCUGCAGAGCAUUUACUCAGAGUACGCUCAGCCCUCCUGCCCCGCUGCUUCAGUCUCAGCCGCUGCAGGAGCAUCAAAGUCUGAUGAAAACACCACAAAGAGCAGCGGCGGAGCUGGAGUCAAAACAGAAGUCUCUAUGGAUCAGAAAAACUUUGAAUCUGAAGGUGUGAACUCACCAGAUGGCAGCAGAGACUGUAAGAACAGAGUCCUGACAUUUUCGCUUGAUCGGGACAACAAAGACAACCUGCUGGAGCAAAAUGAAAUCAAAAUGGCCCCAAACAGCAUCGAUACAAAGCCAUCUGAUCUAAAGUUCUCACUUUUGCCAGACAGUGGUGAUGACAAGAAACCAGAGCAACUGGAGCUGCCAAUCAAGGUGGAGGAGACCAAGACGGAGGCUGCGGAGGACGUCUUCCCCGACAGCUCUGAAGUCAAACACGGGAAAUUCCUCUACCGCAUUAAGUCAGAAGAGCUGGUGACCAAAGCUGAGCAGUUAGACUAUCCUGUCAAACCAGAAGCACUGGACACCAAACCCGAAGAUCUCAGCAUCCCCAUGAAGCCUGAGAGCUUAGACGUCAAACCUGAAGUCCUUCAGUUCACGGCCUACUCAGAAGGCGCCGAAAUCAAACCUGAAGCAAAACCAGUUGCUAUCAGGUUUUCCGCUUAUCCCGAUGGGGCAAAGCUCAAGACUGAGACAGAGCAAGAGGAUUUGAGGUUACCGUCAUUUCCCGACACAUCUGCCAUCAAGCCUGAAGCCAAACCAGACGGUCUGGAGUUCACAACCUACCCAGACAGCUCCGAGAUCAAACCCGAGGCCAAGCCGGAGGACCUGGAGUUUACAGCGUUACCGGAGAUCAAAGCUGAGACGAAGCAAGAGCUGCUGGAGGCGGACAGCACGGUCCUGACCCCGAAGCUGGAGCAGGCCGACGUUCUGGUGGACACCUCGGAGAGUCUGGUGGUGAAAGGCCAAGUGAAGGAGGAGAGACCAACGACACCAGUGCCCGUGGUGGAAGGUUACGCGGGCAGCCCCCGGUUUGCAGCUCCCGUUUCCAUGUGUGAGAUUCCCGACAGCCUCCACGAAACCAGAGAGCCGACCAUCGCCCAGCUGCUGCAGGAGAAAGCACUAUACUCGUUUUCUGAGUGGCCAAAGGACCGGGUUAUCAUCAACCGCCUGGACAGCAUCUGCCACGCCAUCCUGAAGGGGAAGUGGCCUUCAUCAAGCGAGCAGUACGACUCGCCCGCCUCCCUGGUCGCCAACUCCUGCCUGGCCAACAGUUUAGCCCAGCAGCACCACCAACACCAGCGAACGAGCUUCCUCGCCACCACGGCUGCGAGCUCCGUCCCGGGCCAGUCCAGGGUGCAGCAGACGAACCCCGGACUCGGGUUCUCCAUCCCUCCCCCUCUCACAAGACUCCCUAAGUACAUGUCGCGGGGCGGCGCAUGUGGGCGCGGAGCUUGGCGCCUCACCUCCUUGCCUCUCUUACAGGAGAGGCUGGUGGCUCCUCCUUAUCUCCCUGAGCUCAAACGAGCGGGAGGUCGGAGGUCAUUCGACUAUGAAGCUGCCGCUGCAGCUGCAGCCAAGGUUUUAGCUGGGAAAUCAGCAUCGUCGUGUCACACCGCCGCCACCACCACCAGCUCCGGUGGUGCUGCUCCGGUGGUUGCGCCGCCCUCUCAUCGCACAGGAGCCAUGUUGAUUAACGGCUGGCAAGAAACAGCCAUCGAUCUAACCAAGUCGUCCGGAGAAAUAAGCACCACCAGUGGCGUAGGGACAGGAGAGGCUGUGGUUGCACCCGGAAUCAGCAGUCAUAAGCUGCCGCCGCCGCCCCCCAUCACAGCACCACUGUCAGGCUCUGUGGGCAUCGACAUGGCCGGGAUACUGCAGGCAGGGCUCAUCCAUCCUGUAACGGGGCAGAUAGUUAACGGAAGCCUGAGGGGAGAUGACUCACUGAGGAGGAGGAGAGGGAGGAGGAGAAACGUUGAAGCACUGUACUCUGAGUUCACCAAGAGCAGAGGACUGCACCUCCCGGAGACACAGCUGCAGGGCCGGGUGGAGGUGAUCAGCCAUUCCUCCGUUUCCUCCUCCACCUCCUCCCCAUCCCCCUCUCCUUCAGAGCGACCCGCUGGCCCUCCAACACCGUCCUCCUCUUCUACGCCCACCCCCACCCAGACACCUCCUCAGCCGGAGAUCGUGGCCAUCGACAGAGAGGCCGCCAGCAAAGGUCUGAUCGAGUGGCUGAGGCAGAACCCGGGUUACAGCAUGGACCUCCCCACGUUUGCUCAUUCUGGAGCAGGUGUGUUACAUGGUUUUGUGGAGCGUCCCAAGCAGAGGAGGCAUCGCUGUAAAGACCCCACCAAGCUGGACAUCAACUCUCUGACGGGGGAGGAGAGGGUUCCUGUGGUGCACAGGGGCACCGGACGCAGGCUCGGUGGUGCUAUGGCUCCGGCCAUAAAGGAGCUCUCCAGGUGGCUGGAUGCAAACUCAGAGUAUUAUGUAGCUCCAGACUGGGCUGAUGUGGUCAAACACUCUGGUUUCCUCCCUGAGGGGAAGUUCUCUCGGAUCCUGACGGAACCAGUCAACAAAGACCCGGCCUCUCGCAGACGUGGUCGGCGACCUCGCAGCGAGAUGCCGAAGCCUUUACUGUCCGUCUCAGAUUCCGCCACGUCCGGCCUCGGUCCUCCGCUCUUCAUGAACGGCGGAUUGAUCGGCAGCAUGGACUCCAUGGUGACCAUGCAGAACCUCCGUGGUGGGAUCCCUGGAAUUCCCAUCUCCGGGAUCAUGGCGGCCGGAUUCCCACACGGUUUCUCCGCAGCUGUCCAGGCGAGCGGAGCCGGAGCGUCGGCAGAAGAUGCCAAGAACGGGUUGAGUAUGUUACCCAUGAUGCUGCAUGGCAUCCCUCACCCUCAUGGGGCCGCGAUCCCACAACACGCCUUGUUCAGCGUCGGCGCGAUGAUGGCGCACACGGCGCCGCCUCCUCCUCACCCCAGCUCCUCGUCUUCUUCAUCAUUGUCUGCUGCGAAGGUCACCACAACAACCGCGCCGUCUACAUCCGAGGCCGCCAUCCCGUCUUCGACAACGCCCGCUGAGAGAGAGAGCGCCGCCUCCUCUGGCUCCACCACAGUUGAGAAGGAGAGGAGCCGGGAGGAGAAAGGAGCAGCGGAAUCCAAUAAGAGACCAGGAGUGGCGGAGGCAGCCGCCAUCAUCACCUCCACCAGCAGGGCCCACAUUAGCGCUGCGCAUCUCGGCGCCGGCACCGGCAGCCAUCUUACCUUCAACCCCUUCCUGAUCCCGGGCAUGUCCCACGGCCUGCUGUACCCGCACAUGUUCCUGCCGCACGGCGGCAUCAUGGCGCUGCCCGCUAUGCCUCCUGGCACAGUCGACGGCUCCCCGGGCAGCCCCAAGAGGAGGAGGAAGAGAGGGCGGGAGGAGGGGGAGAGAGAGGAGGAGAGGGAGAAGGUGGUGGCGGCGGGAAAGGUAGAAGAGAAAGAAAGUACAGUUAAGGCUACCUCCCACCCGUCCUCCUCCUCAUCUCCCUCCAUCCCCUCUACCUCGGCUCCAGACCCAGGCCUGUCCCCGACUGAAGAGCCCCAGACUGGGCAAGGAGACGCAGCGGACGGGCCUGCAGAGCCCCAGGAACCAGACUCCCAUAACCCUCCUGAGGGAGCAGCCACAGAGGAGAAAGAGGAAAGACUGGAGGACACAGGAGGAGAGGCAGCAGAGGAGGAGAAGCGGGACAGCGAGGAGCAGAGACAGGUGGACGGAGAGGAAGCAUAGAGGAGGAGAGACAACCACCUCCUGCUCUCUCCUCCUCGGUUGCUCUCUUUCUCGACUGAGCAACAGUGUAAAGUUUGUGCCGUGUCUGUCAGUCAAUGUCCAUGUAAAGACUUUUAUUAUGAUGCUGACUAAUAAUAAUGAUUAUAUUCGACUUGGUUCUGUUUAUAUACCAAGACCCCACCCACCCUCUCCACGCCUCCUUGUAU